UCGACAUAUUAAAAAAUGCAGGUAAUGUGCUUAUAUAUUACAGGGCACCUUAAUAGUGUUUUCCCAGCAGAAUACCGAAAAGAAAUUCUUCGGUAUUUAUACUGUCAUCAGAAUGAAGACGGUGGGUGGGGAUUUUACAUAGAGGGUCAUAGCACAAUGUUCGGCACCACCCUCAGUUACAUUUGUAUGCGUCUUUUAGGAGAGGGGCCUGAUGGUGGUCUAAACGGUGCAUGCAGCAAAGCCCGCAAAUGGAUUCUUGAUCAUGGCACUGCUACAUCCAUUCCAUCAUGGGGCAAAACUUGGCUUUCUAUACUUGGUGUAUGUGAAUGGGCUGGAAGCAACCCAAUGCCCCCCGAAUUCUGGAUCCUUCCUUCUUUCCUACCUAUGCAUCCGGCAAAAAUGUGGUGCUACUGUCGGUUGGUAUACAUGCCAAUGUCAUACCUAUACGGUAAAAGACUUGUGGGUCCUAUUACUCCAUUGAUUCUGCAACUUAGAGAAGAACUUUACGCACAACCCUACAAUGAAAUCAACUGGAGAAGCGUAAGGCAUUUGUGUGCAAAGGAAGAUUUAUAUUAUCCACAUCCUUUACUACAAGAUUUAAUCUGGGACAGUCUCUAUUUUUUAACUGAGCCUUUGUUGAAUCGCUGGCCGUUUAACAAAUUGCGCGAGAAAGCACUCCAAACAACAAUGAAACAUAUCCAUUAUGAAGAUGAAAACAGCAGAUAUAUCACAAUCGGUUGUGUGCCAAAGGCACUGUGCAUGCUUGCAUGUUGGGUCGAGGAUCCGAAUGGUGUUUGUUUCAAAAAGCAUCUGGCUCGGGUCCCGGAUUAUCUCUGGGUUGCUGAAGAUGGAAUGAAAAUGCAGAGUUUUGGCAGUCAAGCGUGGGAUGCGGCUUUUGCAGUUCAAGCUCUAUUGGCUACUGGUCUUACCGAUGAAAUUGGCUCUACUUUGAUGAAAGGACAUGAAUUCAUUAAAGCUUCACAGGUUAAAGACAAUCCCUCUGGUGACUUUAAAAGCAUGCACAGACAUAUUUCUAAAGGAUCAUGGACCUUUUCAGAUCAAGAUCAAGGAUGGCAACUUUCAGACGGUACUGCUGAAGGGUUAAAGUGUUGCCUCCUAUUUUCAACUAUGCCACCGGAAAUCGCCGGUGAGAAAAUGAAACAUGAGCAACUGUAUGAUGCUGUCAACAUAAUACUUUCCUUGCAGAGCAAACAUGGUGGAAUACCCGCGUGGGAACCAGCAGGAUCAUCAGACUGGCUGGAGAUUCUCAAUCCUACAGAAUUUUUUGUUGACAUCGUCAUUGAGUAUGAGUAUGUUGAGUGCACAUCCUCAGCAAUGCAGGCCCUAGUUUUGUUUAAAAGGUUAUACCCCAUGCAUAGGAGAAAAGAGAUAGAAAACUGUCUUACAGGUGCAAAUGCAUACCUAGAGAAGAUACAGAUGCAAGAUGGUUCAUGGUAUGGAAAUUGGGGUAUUUGUUUUACAUACGGCACCUGGUUUGCCCUUGGAGGACUAGCAGCAGCUGGAAAGACAUACGGAAAUUGUCCAGCAGUUCGUAAAGGCGUCAAAUUUCUGUUGGAAUCACAGCUGGAGGAUGGUGGGUGGGGAGAAAGCUACAAAUCCUGCACAGAAAAGACAUAUAUACCCUUGGAAGGUGGGUCGAAUCUGGUGCACACGGCAUGGGCAAUGAUGGGACUGAUUCAUGCUCGACAGAUGGAGAGAGAUGCAACACCCCUACACAAAGCAGCCAAAUUGUUGAUCAACUCUCAGUUGGAAAACGGUGAUUUCCCGCAACAGGAACAAGCUGGAGUGUUCAAGGAGAACUGCUUGCUACACUAUGCACUCUACAGAAAUAUAUUCCCAUUGUGGGCCCUAGCUGAUUAUCGCAAGCAUGUGCUGCCACAACUCAAAGGGAUCUAGAACACUCAAGCCAGUGAUCAUUUUUUUUUUAAAUGCCAUUUUCGUACCUGAGGUUUGGCCAUUUUUGCGACUUUCGUCCAAAUGUUUGUUU